AUGUCACACUACAUCCAGUACAACAGCAGCAUUGUCCUUUAUCCCAAAAGCUCUGAGCCAGGAACUGCCGAAUAUGCCAUGGCAGUGUAUAACCAGCAUGUCUGCCCUCUCAGUAACUGGGUGUAUAACUUGUCCUGUGAGGAGCCACUGGUGAUGCAGAGUGGACAGUUUCCCUGCUGCACUCUGGAUAACAUCCCUCUCAUCAGUAAAUGUGGUGUGCUGCCUCCAGAGAGUUGCUGGUUCAGUCUCCUCUGCAAUAUUGGAUCCUUUAUGGUGAUAUUGAUUGGUCUGCUCCGCUACGCUCAGGUGGUGGAGCAGCAGAAGCAGGACAGUGUGAUGAACAUGAUGGGGCUCUACUCUGGCUGGUUUUGUGCUGCAGGACUCAACAUGGUAGGAAACUUCCAGGUAGACUUUGCGAAGGUGCUGCACUAUAUGGGAGUGAUUCUGGCCUUCCCAACCAGUCUGCUGUUCAUGUGUGUGCAGACGAUCUUGACGUACCGUCUGGCGAAAACACACACUCACUGCCGAACCGCCCACCUCCGACUGGCACUCAGCCUGCUCACCCUCAUCACGUUCCUCCUCGGUGCCAUUUUCUUCCCACAGGACAGUUUCACCCUCCAGCACUCGGCCGCUGUGUGCGAGUGGCUCUUCGCGAACACCGUGUUGCUUUUCUACGGCACGUUUGCUAUUGAGUUUCGCUUGGUGUCUGCGCACACACUGUUGGUUCUGAUCCAGAAACAUCAGAAACAAGGUUUUUCUCAGAACGAGUUAAAGUUAUGCCUUCUUCCUGUCAGGAUGGAGUCUGAGUACCUGAAACAGAGGCUGGGUAAAUGUUUGGUGGAGGCUCUGGCAGAAGUCGUGGAGCAGAGACCCAUGGACCCCGUCGCGUUUCUCGCUCACUACAUCUACAAAUACAAAGAAAACAUGGAGUAUGCUGAAAAGGUCAAGAAGAUGAAGCCCCCUUCAAUAGUUUGCUUUCACACCAUUGAUGGGCUGCCCAAAGCUGCAUAUGAGAAGCAGGUGGAGGAGGAGGUGGAGAAAGCCAGAGAGGAGGCAGAGCAUCAGAAACGUCUGAAGGAGGAGGAGGAGCGAUUACGAGCCGCAGAAGAGGUGAAAGAUUGGUGGUGGUGGUGGCGGUGGUGGUGCGUCCUUUUUACUCUUUAUAAGACAGUGCUCUCUGCGGAGCUUCUGUGA